AUGACAAGUGCUUAUUACCUCGCGAAGCCUCCUAGUAGCCCCUUCAGUGGCCAGUCGCAAAUGGCGUCCUCCGUUCCACUCGACGAGAUACCGACCUUGACUCUUCUGUAUAAGCUUAAGAAGAUCGAACCCGCCGCAGACAGCGCUUCAACAUACAAGCCAAAUGCUACAUACAACGACCGGAUCAGCAUUAUCCGUCAAGACAUCACCACGCUCGCUGUAGAUUCCAUCGUGAACGCUGCGAAUACGUCAUUGCUUGGAGGAGGAGGCGUGGACGGCGCAAUUCACCGCGCGGCAGGUCCUGAGCUGCUAGACGAGUGCGGUACGCUCGGUGGCUGCGAAACCGGCAGUGCCAAGAUCACGGACGGCUACGAAUUGCCCGCCGACAAGAUCAUACAUGCUGUUGGGCCAAUCUACUGGAACAAGAGCAAGGACGAGGCAGCAAGACUACUAGCAAAGUGCUAUACAACCAGUCUGCAACUGGCUGUUAACAAUGAAUGCAAGAGCAUUGCGUUUUCGGCAUUGAGUACAGGCGUGUAUGGAUAUCCCAGCGGCGAAGCAAGUUUGGUAGCGUUGGAAACUGUUCGCAAGUUCCUUGAAGAGGGAGAAAAGGCAGACAAGCUCGAUCGCGUCGUCUUCUGCAACUUUUUGCAAAAAGACGAGGAUGCCUAUUUCAAGAACAUACCAACAUUCUUCCCUCCUAUCACAGAGGUCCAUGCCAAUGCUGACAACGGUUGUACGGAGGAUGAGGAGGAGCACACCACCGAAGCAAUCACCGAGAUCCUUUCCCAGCUCCCUGAUGCUCCAACUGAUGAGCCUGUGGACAUCGACGACGCCAAACUACCUUCGCAGAAGAAACAGAAGACGGAAGAGGUGUUGGACGAUGAUUUUGUCGUCGUCAACAAGGAAACAACGGACGGCGCAAAGCCAAAGGCGGAGCUUUGA